CGUACAAGUUUCAUGGCGUUCUUAAGAUUAGAGAGAGGUUCCCWUGUAGAUUCUUCGUCGGGGUAUCCGGUCCAUUUGACUUUGUAUUCAGUGAUUGGUUCCGGAUGAUCAGAUACCUGAGUGGUUCGUCGGCCGAUGAUGGUUUCGACAACUAAUUCAGGGUCAGUGGGUAGCAUGAUUGGUGGAGGUCUGGGAUAUAGGCGGUCGGCGAACUGGAGCGGGGAUUCAUGGUAUUCAUUUAGGUACUCGACAUGGAAGACUGGGUGGACAGUGUUCAGGUGGAGGGAGGAGUGGGAGUAGAAGAGCCGGGUCCCGUGGAGCGAGGGGCCUGUCGAGUAAAGUGGCUAGCGUUGGGGCAGUUGUUUCUGGAGGCGGCGGGGUGGAGAGGAAGAAGGCGGUCGAGAGGCACGAUCCUGGCGUUCCAUCCGUAUAAGGUGGGCGGUCUGGAGGUCCUCGAUGGUGAAUUGGGAGGGGUCGAGAGAGGCAGUGUCGAAGUCGUCAUCGGAGGUGGGUUGAGUGGUGUCGUUAUGGAAAAAGAGGGGGCGGGAGGGAGCGGGCGCGGACUGGUGAUGGGGGUGGAGGAGUCGAUUGUCGUGAAGCAUGCGAGAAAGGAGGUCAGCAAGGGGCAUGUCGGGUUCGUGGGCGAGGGCGGUGGCAAGAUCUUUGUGGCAUACUCACUUGAUGCGGGAGAUGAAUGCAAAGUCGGGAACGACGAUAAUGGGGAGGUGAUGGCGGAGGGAGCGGAUGUAUUGGACGAAGUGGUCUGUGGGACCGGUUUGGAGGAGGUGGCAGAAUUGUUCGAGGUAGUCGUCAAUGGUUUUCUGGGGGCGGAAGGUGGCAGCGAGAAGCUUGGCCCAUUGGAGGAAGGAGUGACGUGGUCCUCCAGAGGCUCGGCGGUUGCUGACUUCAGCCAUCCACCAUUUGGCRGCAUUGCYGAGGAGGCGGGAGGUGGCAAUGGGGAGCCAGUGGGCAAGGGGCAUGUGGUGGAGGUGAAAAGAGUUCUGGAGCUGGGUUAGGAAGAGGAAAACGUCCUCGUGGGGGAGGUCGGAGAAGGACAUGAUUUCGCCGGAUCGGAAGGAACAGGGGAUUUCUGCGUCGCGGUGAACGA